UCUCCACGCAACGGCAACAUCCGGCGCUAGUCCGUCUCCUAGAGGUUUCCAGUGAGAAACUACUUCCGGUAUUUUACGCUUGCGCAGGAGGCAAUUUCCAGCCCUUUACAUUCCGGUGUUGUGCAUUUCCACUUGGCCAACUGACUGCAGGAAAAGGAUGGCGACAGCCGCUAUGAGGAGAUUCUGGUCCAGUGGGCGCAGUGAAGCGAGUGGUUCCGCGACGGUGGCGGCAAAGCCAGGGAUGUGGGCGCGACUGGGCACUUGGGCCCGCGGGCUGCUGCGAGAUUACGCCGAGGCGUGCGGAGACGCGGCGGCCGCUGCCCGUGCCCGACCAGGCCGCGCGGCCGUGUAUGUGGGGCUGCUGGGCGGCGCCGCGGCCUGCUGUGCCCUGGCACCCAGUGAGACGGCCUUCGAGGAGGCCUUGCUCGAUGCGUCGGGGUCUCUCUUGCUGCUGGCGCCCACCACGCGCAAUCGCCACUCGGAAGCGUUUUUGCAACGCCUGCUGUGGCUGAGAGGCCGCGGGCGCCUGCGCCACGUGAACCUGGGGCUCUGCUCGCUGGUGUACGAGGCGCCGUUCGAUGCCCAGGCCAGCCUCUACCAGGCCCGCUGCCGCUACCUGCAGCCACGCUGGAUCGACUUCCCCGGCCGGGUCCUCGACGUGGGCUUCGUGGGCCGUUGGUGGGUCCUGGAGAACCGCAUGCGUGAUUGCGACAUCAACGACGACGAGUUUCUCCACCUGCCUGCACACCUCCGCAUCGUCGGGCCCCACCAGCUGCACUCUGAGGCCAACGAGAGGCUGUUCGAGGAGAAGUUCAAGCCGGUCGUGCUCACCGAUGACCAGGUGGACCAGGCGCUGUGGGAAGAGCAGGUGUUGCAGAAGGAGAGAAAGGAUAGACUGGCGCUGAGCAAGGUCGCUUCACUGGUGAAAUCUGAGGUUUCCAGAUGAAGCCCAAGGAGCCCCCGCAUCUCCAGGCUCAGGCAAACUGUUGGCCAUGGAUGAUACAGUGGAUGAGAUGGAGAUGUACCGCACUCACUGUGGUUUUGAGGGACUGCUUCCCCAGUAGCAGAAGCUGAUUGAAAGCCUUCCUGGCCUUGGAGAUGGAGCACUUGACUGUUCUGUUUAACCACCAGGGCUAUGAGUAGAGAGCCUGUUUUGUGUAGCCUGUUGUACCUAGGAAUUGUCCUUGAGUGCUUGAGCGCUA